AAGUGCUUUUAAAUGAUUGUUUAUAUUUGAUAAUAACUGUGCACAAUGUCGAAUUUACAAAGAUCAUUUGUGCAAAAAGUAUCCAAGCAACCAGCUGCAGAUGUGCGUAAAAAUCUCAUUGCUCAUCAGCAGUACAGAAGCGUCGACACCAGUUAUACGCAAUCUCAAUUAACAGAGCCGCUUGACUAUGAAGACUUUUUAGCCCAGCAUGUGAACAUUAUUAAUCGAGAUCCCUUGAAGCAUAUAUUGGAUAUUCCUCAAGGCGAUGUAUCAGUGAAAACAAUACCACGAAAGAUACGAACUGUGGAACAUAUAAAGCCGAAGGAGAAUAUUUGCGACUUACCAAAUCAUGUGCAAGAGUGCGUUUGUUGCUACACCCGGCCCUGGAAGGUUGUUGAAUAUGCGCAUCGUCAUGGACCGCGUAUGGAUCGUGGCAACAUUAGUCCCUCUGCUUACCAGCAAGAAUUUGAGAUUGAUAAGGACUUUUCAUCAUUCGACGAUACAUGCACUGACAAAAGUGAGAGUUGCACACCAAGCUCUAGGCAGUCCAUAGCUAGCCUAGCAUCCGUUAGCUCGUGUACGGACACUUUAACUCCGCGAGGCUCUUGGGCUAGCUUUGAUUUGCGCCGCUCUGUGAAUGAUCCGCUCAUACCAAAUUUAUUGGACAAUGUGCCGCCAGAGCAAAUUGAUCAAUUGAACAGGGAGAAGCGUAAAAUUGAACGCCAAGAGGCUUUGUUUUCACUCUAUCCAGAAUCGGAUGCAGAAGAAGCAAUCGAGCGCAGACAGCUAGCUGAAAUUCCCAUUGAGCACAUGGGCCAUCGCAUACAGGUGAAAUGUCUUCAACUCAGACUGGAACUUGAAGUGGAACCCAUUUUCGCCUCAAUGGCCAUUUAUGAUGCAAAGGAAAGACAAAAGAUAUCAGAAAACUUUUAUUUUGAUAUGAAUUCAGACAAUCUAAAACUCAUGCUGUCAAACCAUGUGCGUUGCUUCGAUGCAAGCACUCAAAGCCGUUCAGCAAUAUUUGAAAUCAGUUAUCCCAGCAAUGAUUUAUACCUGGUAAUAAGGCUGGAAAAAGUGCUGCAGGGAGAUAUUAAUAACUCUGUUGAACCCUAUUUGAAAGAGGAUAAGGACAAGUACAGAGAGAAAGUUAAAUCAAAUGCAAUGGACUAUUGUGAGCGUUUGGGCAAGUAUCGCAUGCCUUUUGCAUGGACUGCAAUAUACUUGACGAACAUAUUCAACGGCGAGGGCUACGAUACUAAGGAUACUUCGUGCUGCAGCGGAGAUGCGACUUGCUCAGCUGGCUCUGGUGCUGCUACAUUGGGCUCUGGCACAAGUUCCAAUAGCCUGGAUCGAAAAUCUUCAACCAGCAGCUUUGAUCAGCUGAGGCGCAAGGCAAAUGAUAUGAGCGGCACUUUGACACGACGUGGUUCGCUGGAACGCAAGGAGAAACGACGUUCGUGGUCGCCAGAUGAUUUCGCUAACGUCAUUGAAAAUUUCCGCCCCAUUACCAUGACCAUAAACAGUUUCUUUAAGCAAGAGGCAGAUAAAAUGAAAGAUGAGGAUAUGUACAAGCUUCUGCCCGAGCUGAAGAGGCCAAGCUCAAUGAAGAAAUACAAAUGUAUUCCAGGCUCCAUUAAACUGGAAAUAUCUCCUUACUUAGAUGAUGUUACAAAUGCUGUAACUCCAGAGCUGGCCAAGAUACAACCGUAUAGUGCAGAGGCUACACGCCCCGUAAAGGAAAUAUUGGAGUUUUCACCGCUGCCCAUUUAUAAUCCUCAUUAUACCUAUCGCAAUUUGUUGUUUGUAUCGCCCAAGGAACUAAAUUUCUCAUCACGUGCCGGCUCAGCUAGAAACAUUGCAAUACGCGUACAACUGAUGGCCGGGGAAACGCCCAAUGAUGCGGUCAACGCCAUCUUUGGCAAAUCUUCCUGUCCAGAAUAUGCAACGGAAGCAUUUACAUCGGUCAAUUAUCACAACAAAUGUCCAUCUUUUUAUGAUGAGAUUAAGAUUGCGCUACCUGCCUCGAUAAAGCAGCAUCAUCACCUACUGUUUACCAUAUAUCAUGUAUCUUGUCAGAAGAAACCCAACGAGUUUCAGGCAGCUGUUGAAACGCCUAUUGGUUACACUUGGCUGCCACUACUCGAAGAUGGCAAGCUAAGAGUAGGAGAGUUUAAUCUACCCGUUAUGCUGGAGGCACCGCCGGAGAAUUUCUCCUUCAUACCACCAAACGUGCAUCUGCCUGGCAUCAAAUGGCUUGAUAAUCAUCGCUCUGUCUUUUCGAUUAACGUGGAUGCUGUCACUUCAGUGCACACCUUGGACACUUAUCUCGAUCGCUUCUUCUUGCUCUGCGAGUAUUUGCACACUGGAAAUAUUCCCACCUAUAUCGGCGAAUCAAAUAUGGAAAUGGAAUUGAAAAAGUGCUUGCUCGACAUUGAACAUGCUAAUCGUGAGUCCUUAGUUAGGCAUCUGCCUUUGGUGCUAGAUAAGCUCGUUGAAUUGCUGGUAACAAGUCAUAAAAUUGGUGGUCAGAAUUUGACAAUCGGAUCCACUGUAUUUGAGGUGCUUUGUCUAGUCUCCGCGCACUUGGCACCUAUUUUAAGCGAUGAAGAUCAAUAUGGACGUCAAGGGCUUUUAAGCACAUACGUUCAGUAUCAAUGCAAAAUACCACAUCCAUUAUAUCACAACGAAAGGACAGAUCAUAUAUGCUUAUUGCAUGAAGAGCUAGUACUUCAAUACACCCUAUCCAGCGGCAAGAGUGCAGAUCUUGCUAUGAGCAAUGCCUGGUUUGUUUUCGAGCUGAUUGUUAAGUCAAUGAUCGAGCAUUUGGACAACACAAAUACAUUGAAUGCGCCGCGUAAGCACAGAUUUCCGCAUCAGUUUAUGGAUGACAUAUCGACACUGGUUACGCUUGUAACAAACCGUGUAGUUGGUUAUCACAACACUGAGCAACGCUUGGCGCAGUCGUUGAACGCCAGCUUAAGCUUUUUCAUCUUUGAUCUGUUGAGCAUUAUGGAUCGCGGAUUUGUCUUUGGCAUAAUCAAAAUGUACUCAAAGCUCAUCACGUCUAGAAAUAGUUGUGCAACGGAUUUGAUGAACUAUAAAAUUGAAUUCCUGCGCAUAGUUUGCAGUCAUGAGCAUUUUGUGGCUUUGAAUUUGCCAUUUGGUACCCCAUACACAACAAUAUCAGCACCAUGCAGUCCCACGCCGAGCAACACAUCCAACAAUAGCCAAACAUCAUAUGGAUCUAUUGAGCAUGCUCUGAGUGCGGAUCUAAGCAUUGAGUUUCGACAACAACAUUUCCUGGUAGGACUUGUGCUCAGUGAUUUUGCAACUGUAAUGGAAUUGUCAAGUGCACAGCUGCAUGGAAAGGCCAUUAACUGUCUACGCAAUUUACUGAGCUCUCAUGAUUUGCGCUACAAUAAGGAGGCGCGUUCACGCGUCGCUUCACUGUACAUACCGUUACUAUCAAUAGUAAUGGAUACCAUACCACAGCUUCAUGCAUACACAGUAGAUGGUCAGGAGCACGACCGUUUGCAGCAGAUUGGACAACUUGAAGAUUAUCAAGGACCACAUCAAAAUAUACCCACAACCACAAUCAAUCCUGAGGUGGCAUAUGCUAUAUCUGGUAGUCGCGUGUACUCUUACAUGGCCGAUCAGUCUAAAAACAAGGUAACUCUGAACCCGGAGAGCACGCGAAAUUUGCUGGCUUGCUUUCUUUGGGUGCUUAAGAACGUGGAUCGCAUUAUACUCUACCGCUGGCUGCUUGGAUUGAGUCCACAUCGUGUGCACCAAAUGUUGCAAGUGCUUAACACGUGCUUGAAAGCCUUUGAGUAUUCGGGUCAAAAGCGCUUGCCCAUGCUAAAACGCGCCAACACGCAUAGUUUUCGUAAAACCGCACCCACAGACGUUAAGGAAAAGCUGGAAGAAUGCAUUCGGGGCACAAACUCAGCGCGUUAUGAUUUGAUUAACCGUCGCAAGGAUCGCAAUUCGACAGAGAAACUGCGUUGGCGAAAAGAUCAGAUGCCAUACCGGUCACAAUAUAGUGAGACUACGCACAAAAGUGAUCCAGAACUGGAGCUAAGUAAUUUCAUCGAAGGCUCACUGUCUACAGAGAUUGCCCUAAUCAUACUGGACUCCCUAGAGAUAAUUGUGCAAUUGGCCACAAAUCUACAUCAUAAUCUACUCGGAACUGUUUUAAAAGUUUUGCUGCACGCUUUAUCACGCAAUCAAUCGACUGUGGCUCUUCAAAAUCUAUUUUCCACACAGCGUUCCCUGAUCUUUAAAUUUCCAAACCUGCUGUUCGACGAAGAGACAGAUAUAUGUGCCGAUUUGUGUUUAUUAUUAUUAAAACAUUGUGCAUCUCAGCUGCCAGCUAUUCGUUCCCAGGCAUCGGCCUCUUUGUAUCUUUUAAUGAGACAAAAUUUUGAAAUUGGCAAUAACUUUGCCCGCGUCAAAAUGCAGGUGACAAUGUCGCUAAGCUCACUAGUUGGCACAAGCGCUUCCUUCAGCGAGCAAUCACUGCGUCGCGCAUUGAAAACCAUUCUCGUCUAUGCAGAGACAGAUACUGACUUACAGGAAACUUCAUUUCCAGAACAAGUACAGGACUUGCUAUUCAACUUACACAUGAUACUGUCGGACACAGUGAAAAUGAAAGAAUAUCAAGAGGAUCCAGAAAUGUUGCUUGAUCUUAUGAAUCGCAUAGCUAAGGGCUAUCAAAAUAAUCCAGACUUACGCUUAACCUGGCUGGAAAACAUGGCUAAAAAACACCGGGAGCGUGCUAAUCAUACAGAGGCAGCCAUGUGCUAUGUGCAUGCAGCUGCUCUGGUAUCUGAAUAUUUGAGCAUGCUUGAGUCACAGACGCAUUUACCAGUCGGAGCAGUUAGCUUUCAGCGUAUUUCACCCAAUACCUUUAUGGAGUCCGCUGUAUCAGAUGAUGUGCUAAGUCCUGGUGAGGACGGGAUUUGUCUUGGCAAUCAUUUCACCGAGACUGGACUAAAGGCAUUGCUGGAAGAGGCUUCAAACUCAUUCCAGGUUGCUGGCAUGUAUGAGGCUAUGAAUGAGGUUUACAAAAUAUUAACUCCAAUUUGUGAAGCAAAUCGAGAAUUUCAUAAACUUGGUAAAAUACAUGGUAAACUGCAGGAGGCAUUUAAUCGCAUAGCGCAGCUACAGGGCAAACGAGUUUUUGGCACUUACUUCCGUGUGGGCUUCUAUGGCGCAAAGUUUGGAGACCUCGAUCAACAAGAAUAUAUUUAUAAAGAGCCAACAUUGACGAAAUUACCCGAAAUCUUUAGUCGACUUCAGAGCUUCUAUGCGGAUAGAUUUGGUCCGGACUCUGUGCAUAUAAUCAAGGACUCCAACAAUUUUGAUACCAAUUCCUUAGACGCAGACAAAGCGUAUAUACAAAUUACAUACGUUGAGCCAUUUUUCGAAACUUAUGAAAUGCGUCAUCGUGAAACAUACUUUGAGCGAAAUUUCAACUUGAAACGCUUUAUAUUUGCCACUCCGUUUACCAAAAACGGCAAGGCACAUGGAGAACUGCAUGAGCAAUGCAAGCGAAAGACAAUUUUAACAACAGCUAAUCAUUUUCCCUAUGUUGUCUCGAGGAUUCAAGUAAUUUCAAGAACUCAAUUUCAGUUGGAGCCAAUCGAAGUGGCUAUAGAGGAUAUUCAAAAGAAAACAUUGGAGCUAACAGCGGCAACGAAUCAGGAUCCCGCCGAUCCCAAAAUCUUGCAAAUGGUCUUGCAAGGUUGCAUUGGAACCACUGUAAAUCAAGGCCCAAUGGAAAUGGCUAGCGUAUUUCUUUCCAAUCUAUCGGAUGGCACCACUGUGCCGACAAGACAUCAAAAUAAAUUACGUUUGUGCUUUCGUGAAUUUUCGAAGCGUUGUGCGGAUGCUUUAAAGAAAAAUCGUAACUUAAUAUUACUUGAUCAAAAGGAUUACCAACGUGAAUUGGAACGUAAUUACGAACGCUUUGUGGAACAAUUAACACCGCUAAUAACACUUACACCAGCUCAAAUGCAGGGUGUUGUAAAAGCUAAUGCUUUUCAAAAUAAAAGCACACCUUUAAAAUGGUAACCGCGACGAUGAUACUUAAAUACUUUUCAGUAUUUUCUAAUAAUUUAUUCUCUUUUUAACUUAACAUGUCUAGCGUAUCGGAUUAUUUUA